GGCGCUGGGGCGGAGGGGGCCAUGGCCGCCCUGCGCUCCCUCCUGCGGUGGCGCCGCCGCCUGGGGCUCGCGCCCGGCGCUCCGCCGGCGCGGCGGCUGUGGGGCGGCGACGGGGUCGGGCCGGCGGGGCCGCGGCGGUGGCGGCGGGAGCUGGGCUUGGCGGCAGCGGGGGCGGCUCUCGCCGGGUACGCAGGGUACCAGCUGUCCGAGCGCCGGCGGGAGCCCUCCCGGGAGCCGGCAGGGGCCCGGGCGCUGCUCCCUAUCCCCGUGGCGGCCGCUGCCAAGGAGACGGUUACAGAAAGCAGAUCAGACCUUGAAGAUUUACACCUUUAUGCAACUCCUCGGGAGCAACGGUUUCGUAUGUUUGCCAGUUUAGAAUUUGAAGGACAGCUAUAUAUGACUCCACAUGACUUCAUUCAGGCUGUUACAAGUGAUGAACCCAAAUGUGCUAAAAAGUGGCGAUCCCUUUCAAAGCAGGAACUGAAUCAGAUCCUUAUGGAGACACCACCAGUUUGGAAAGGAUCAUCCAAACUUUUCCGUAACCUUAAUGAGAAAGGUGUGAUAUCUUACACAGAAUAUUUAUUCCUCUUAUGUAUUUUAACAAAGCCACAUGCAGGUUUUAGAAUUGCUUUCAACAUGUUUGAUACGGAUGGCAAUGAAAUGGUGGACAAAAAGGAAUUCUUAGUGCUCCAAGAGAUCUUCAGGAAAAAAAAUGAGAAGAGAGAAAAACGAGGAGAUGAAGAAAAACGUGCAAUGCUGCGUCUUCAACUUUAUGGAUAUCAUACUUCUACUAACAGUGUUCUUAAAACAGAAGGAGAGGACCUUGUCCCCAGAAGCUAUUGGGAUACUUUGAGACGUAGCACAAGCCAAGCACUCUUUUCGGACCUUGCAGAGCGUGCUGAUGAUAUUUCAAGUUCACUGUCAGAUACUACACUACUUGUACACUUUUUCGGUAAAAAAGGAAAAGCUGAACUGAACUUUGAAGAUUUUUAUAGAUUUAUGGAUAACCUACAAACUGAGGUUCUAGAGAUAGAAUUCCUUUCCUACUCUAAUGGGAUGAACACAAUCAGUGAGGAAGACUUUGCCCAUAUUCUUUUGAGGUAUACAAAUGUGGAAAAUACAUCAAGUUACUUGGAAAACAUGCGCUGCAGUAUUCCUGAAGAAAAGGGUAUCACCUUUGAUGAAUUUAGAUCAUUUUUCCAGUUCUUGAACAAUCUAGAAGACUUUACAAUUGCAAUGCAAAUGUAUAAUUUUGCAAGUCGUUCCAUAGGUCAAGAUGAAUUCAAACGUGCUGUGUAUGUAGCCACAGGUGUGAAGCUUUCACCACAUUUGGUGAACACAGUGUUCAAGAUUUUUGAUGUCGACAGAGAUGAUCAGCUGAGUUAUAAAGAAUUUAUCGGGAUUAUGAAAGACAGACUCAAUCGAGGGUUUAGGGGCUACAAACCUAUACAGAGGUAUACUACUUUCAAAUCCUGCGUGAGGAAGGAACUCUAUAGCAGAUAAAUGACGGAGACUCCAAGGUAUGGUUGGAAGGAAUAUUACUCUUGUGUGAUGACUGUAACCAGUGAACAUCUCAGAGAUCUGUGGAAGCAAUUUCGGAGACAAGAUAUGCUGAGAUAAAGGAAGGAAGAAGAAUUAUCUGCACUGGCUAGAAAUAUUUAUUCCUAUGAAUUCCUAAUGAAGAACAAACUAACCCAGGUGAAUUGUGAAUCUUCCAGCUGCAGCAGAAAAUACAGGACUUCUUUUCCACUUAGUGUAGUGAUCACCAACUCUUAAAACUGCUUUUCAGUAUGUAUUUUAUUUAAACGAUGAACUAUUACCUGAGUGGCAGAAGUCUUUUUUUAAGAACAUCUUUUGAAUAUUAUUUUUUUAUUAUUUUGAGAUAAGUUUGUCAUUAAAAAAAAAAGUUUUAUGGCUGGGUAGGAAAAUGUUUUGGCAAUGAAGAGAAACUCCCUCCAUCAGCUUAGACUGUGAAUUUGCUUUCAGAAGAGCACUAUUGAAAGUUUGUGCUAAACUGAAAAUGAGAAUGCAUUAAGUAGCAUAACAAUUAUGUAUGAGUUGAAUGGACAAAUUAAACUCUUAGAAGCUGUAAUUUUAAAAAGAGUAAAGCUGUUAUGGUUAUAAUGUGAAUGAUAGGUAUUUACCUAGGAAAAGUACUGUAUGAACUAUAACGUUCAAAUUCUCCAAGUCUUAUUAUUAUGUUUAUUAAUUUAUCCUUUUGAAAAAUAGUAGGGAUUUUAAGAUGUCUUACAAGCAGUAUGUCAAAGAAAAGUCAAAAUGUUCAAAUUCAUGUUAAGUAACACACACUUUGUAAUAUUUAUUAUAAAUUUUAUUGCCAUACACUGAUAUGUUUCCAGUAGAGUAAAACUUCUUGUAUUUCUUGUGAAUAGUGCACUUUUUAUGAAGAGGCACUGAGUAGAAAUUAUGGUUGUCAACUUGCUACUCUGGAAUGCAGUAUCUGAAAAAUAACUCGUGUUUGUGUCAAACAAAAGAGCAAAACAAAACAUGAAUGCAUGCAGCAGUACAGAAAAACACUCAUUAAGUGAUAUUAUUUGAAUAUCACACAUGAAACAUCAGACAUAAAUUAGGCUGUAUAAAGGUUAUAGAGAAUACAGGCCAUCGGUAGCCGCUACAACCUGUCAUGCCCUCUAGGUUUAAAUGUUACUGAAACAGUGGUAUGGACACUGUUAUAUUUGUUUUUCAUAUUCUGUAAAUUUCUUGUUUUCUAUUCAGCAGCAGCAUUUUUCCUUACUCCUUUUCAAGAUUAUUGUCAGGUGGUAUGAAUUAAGCUCAAACAAAGAAGAACACAUAUUUUUAUACCCUUCUUGAAAAGGUUCCUUGAACAUUGAAUAAGUCUGUAUCUGUCCUGGAACAAUCUGUGCCUCGAAAUCCUUCUACCUGAGUACAUACACACACACACUAAAACAAAUGUCAAUAAAUUGUUAUCAGAAAGGCAAAUAUUUGGUAGUCAGACAAUCAAAACAGAACCAAAAUAAUAGUUUUAAAUAUCUAGUUACCCCAAAUAUGUGAAAGCAGACCUU